AUGAAGUGGGAGUUAACCGCCGUCGCUGCCAGAAGUGCUACAGCCGCCCCUCACUCUCCCAGCAGCGUUUCAGCUGGGAUUUUUCUGCUGCGCUCCUUACCCCACUCCCUCGCUCUUCCAUCACUCUCCCCCCACUCCCUCACUCUUCCUCCAACCCGCAGCUGGCAGUGCCUUGCAGCAAUCAACACCAGCGGCGCUACAGCCGAAUCUACAGCCGAAUCUACGGCCGAGAUCCUGUGUGAGAUCGGGAUGCCGGUGGAGAAUAUCCCUCCUGCCACCUCCGUUCACUCCCUUGUCACCCCCUCCUUCCCCCACUUCCCCUCCAGCUGGGAAUGCCUUGCAGCUAUUAUUGAGACCGGCGCUACAGCCGGCAUCCUAUGCGAUAUCGGGCUGCUAGUGGAGCACCGUGGCGUGCGCUACAACGCACCCAGACUUGUCUACUUCCACCCUUCCCACCCCCUCAGCUGGGAGUGUCUAGCCACCAUCAUCGCGAGCGGCGCUACAGCCGGCAUCCUGUGUGACAUCGGGCUGCCAGUGGAGCACCGCGGGGUGCGCUACAACUGCCGGGCGCUCGUCCACAGCCGUCGGAUCCUGCUGCUGCGCCCCAAGAUGGAUCUGGCGAAUGAUGGAAACUACCGGGAAACGCGCUGGUUCGCCACGUGGAAGCGGUUGGGAGUGGUGGAGAGCGUGCGGUUACCAGCGGUGGUUACCGCGGCGUGUGAGGGGCAGCGGGAGGUGCCCAUUGGGGAUGGCGUGCUGGAUCUGCUUGAUAGCACCCUGGCGAGUGAGACGUGUGAGGAGCUGUUCACCCCUCUGGCACCGCACAUCCGAGCGGCACUGGCGGGGGCAGAGGUGGUGGGCAACGGCAGCGGCAGCCACCACGAGCUGCGCAAGCUGGGGACCCGCGUGGGACUCGUGCAGUCUGCUACUAGCAAAGCAGGCGGGGUUUAUCUGUACGCUAACCAGAAGGGGUGUGACGGUGGAAGGCUGUACUAUGACGGCUGUGCCAUGGUGGUGGUAAACGGGCAGGUGGUGGCGCAGGGGUCGCAGUUCUCAUUGGCUGACGUCGAGGUGGUAACCGCUACAGUGGACCUCGACCAGGUGGCGAGCUACAGAGGCGCCAUCAGCAGCCUGAGGGAGCAAGCCUCAGCCUCCGCCCCAGCACCAUCCGCCUCCUUCCCCACCCUUUCCUCCUCUGCCUCUGCGUCCCCUGGCAUCGUGCGCAUUCCCUCCGACAUCUCCAUCUGCCAUCCCUCAUCGGCUAGCCUUUCUCUCGCCACCUCGCAUCCCAUCCAGAUCCGCUACCACUGCCCCGAGGAGGAGAUAGCACUGGGCCCAGCGUGCUGGCUGUGGGACUACUUGCGGCGCAGUGGGGCAUCGGGCUUCCUGCUGCCGCUGUCUGGCGGGGCUGACAGCAGCUCUGUGGCUGCCAUCGUGGGCUGCAUGUGCCAGCUGGUUGCGAAAGCCAUAGCAGAGGGCGACGAGCAGGUGCGGCAGGACGCAGAGCGAAUCACGGGGUUACACCUGGCGGCAGGGGUGGCGGUAGAGGAGCAGAAGCGGCAUGCUGCCAGGCUGGCAGAUCGCAUCCUGCACACCAUCUACAUGGGCACGGAGAACAGCUCCCAGGCCACGCGAUCGCGAGCUAAGAAGCUAGCGUCGGAGAUAGGAGCAUGGCACUUGGACACAAGUAUUGACUCCGUGGUCGCUGCUGUUGUUGCUCUCUUCCUCACUGUCACUGGCCUGCGCCCGCGCUACAAGCUGGAUGGAGGCGCAUCAGCAGAGAACCUGGCAUUACAGAACAUCCAAGCCCGCCUGCGCAUGGUGCUCGCUUUCCUCUUUGCGCAGCUGCUGCCCUGGGUGCGCGGGCAUGGGGGGCGUGGGGGAGCAGGGGGGCAGCAGGUUGAGAAGGGGAAAGAGGAGGGGCGGAAGGGGAGCACAGCUGAUGGGAGCACAGGCGAAGGGGGGAAGGAAGGAAAGGGGGGAGGGGAGUUGGUGCCGGCGGAAGGGGUGUUGGAGAGGAGCAAGGGGAGGGGAGGGGGGUCGGAGCAGCGGGGGGGCGGAGGGGGCUUUCUGCUCGUGCUGGGCAGUGCCAAUGUGGACGAGGCUCUGAGGGGAUACCUCACUAAGUACGACUGCAGCAGUGCAGACACCAACCCCAUUGGUGGAAUCAGCAAGACGGACCUUCGCCGCUUCUUGCGCUGGGCGGCAGUCCACCUUGGCUUCGCCUCACUGGCAGACGUCGAGGCAGCGCCGCCCACCGCUGAGCUGGAGCCAAUCAGAGCGGAUUACGUGCAGGUGGACGAGGUGGACAUGGGCAUGACCUACGAGGACCUCUCGCUCUACGGCCGCCUGCGCAAGGUCCUGCGCUGCGGCCCUGUUGCCAUGUUCCAGCAUCUGUGUCAUGAGUGGCGGCAGCGGCUGACAGUGGCGGAGGUGGCAGUAAAGGUGAAGGCAUUCUUCCGCUUCUACUCCGUCAACCGCCACAAGAUGACCACUCUCACCCCCUCCUACCACGCUGAGGUAACCGUUCACUCGCUCACGCCCUCCUACCACGCUGAGGUAACCGUUCACUCGCUCACGCCCUCCUACCACGCUGAGGUAACCGUUCACUCGCUCACGCCCUCCUACCACGCUGAGGUAACCGUUCACUCCCUCACGUACUCCGUCACUCCCUCCUUUGCUCACGCCUACUACCAUGCCGAGGUAACCUCUCACUCCCUCACUCCCUCAUGUGCUCACUCCCUCAGUCCCUCUCUCCGUCACUUCCUCCCCAAUCCCUCGUGCGAUGCUGAGGCAAUUCCUAACUUCCUCCUACCUCCCCUCGCCACACUUCCAGAACUACUCCCCGAAGGACAACCAAACUACUCCCCGGAGGACAACCGGUUCGACCUGAGGCAGUUCCUGUACAACGUGGCGUGGCCGUGGCAGUUCAAACAGAUUGACCAGCUUGUGGCAGAGCAUGAGGCAGCGGUGGGAGCAGGUGCUGCAACACCUUCAACUGAGGGUUCUAGCGCAGCAGGAGCUGCAAUGUGA